UUCCUGGACAGAGGGAGGGGUGCUGUGGAGAAAUGCUCGACGGACCGUGAAGCGUUACAGCCAGAGGCAGGACAAAGACGCGCGUAGCGGGACGCGGGGAAACCUCCGGACUAUUUCCAAAAAAACUCAAACAAACAAACAAACCAAGUCUGGAUGGAUGUUAAAAGUUUUUGGCGAAUCGAAGCGAGGAUUGCUGAGAAACAUCCGCGCUGAGGAUCAGAACUCUGGUAAAGUUUUGGAUCCUGUUUUGGACAGAGAUGACCGUUUCUGCCACAUUUCUCUCCCUCGCAGCCACUCGUGGUUGUUCCCACCAGCAGGAGAAACAAGCAGGACUCCGGGUUUUGGUCACUAAAGUCGGUUAGGGGGUUUGUGCGCUCUGCAGUCCGGAUCUUGAUGUAAACAUUACAAAGUUCAGCCCAGCAUGAGAUGUGCGCGCAGCUCGCUGCCGCUCCUCCUGUGGCUCCUGGUGGCUCUGGACGCGCAGCUCAUCUGCUGGCAGGCGAUCCUCAAAUGCCACGACGAGCCGGACUGUGAGCUCGCCUACGGUCAGUACUUGGCGGCGUGCGAGGGGAACAUCCGGGGGACGAGGAGGCAGUGUCCGAGCCACUGCAUCCAGGCGCUGAUCCGGCUCAACAACACCCGCAGCGGCCCGGAGCUGGAGACCUGCGACUGCGCACAGGACCCGGACUGCCUGGGCGCAAAGCGGGCCAUCGAGCCGUGCCUGCCCCGCAGACACCCCAGCGAUGCGGGGGGGAUCGGCUGCAUGGAGGCCCGUCAGCGGUGCGAGGAGGACAGCAGCUGCCACGCCUCCCUGUCGGCCUACCUGUCCCACUGCGGGCAGCUGUUCAACGGCAGGAGGUGCUCCUCCAGGUGUAAGGCCACCAUCCAGCAGAUGCUGUUCAUCCCCAACGGCGCGCUGCUGAACCGCUGCGUCUGUGACGGAGUGGAGAGACCUUUCUGCGAGGUGGUGAAGGACAACAUGAGCAAGCUCUGCUCCAUCGGGGACCACAGCGUGGUUUCUGACCGACCUGAAGUUGAAGACAACUAUGAGGAUGAGGAUUAUGAUCAGAAAGCAGACAGAGAGGAGGUGCGCACUGACAGGUCCUCCGCCUGCCAGAGCGCACCCAGCCUCAUGGGGUUGGUCCUCCUAUGGAUAUUACUCUGAGGAGAUGGAAGUUUGGAUACCAGAGAGAACUGAUGAAGCAGCUCUGCCUGUCACUGAAAAAAACAGCUUGUUUUAGGUGAAGGCAGAUGACCUUUUUAAACAGCCUGUUUAUUUGGUUAGCCUUCAAUGCUUCCUAAAGUGUGGCUUUAUUAAGACUUUCUGCAAACAUGGAGGCCAUCCAGCCUCUGUUUGCUCUCCUCUCUGUUGCACAUUGUUGCAGUAACCACACUUCAAAUAUUUGUGGGAACCCGUCAGAGGACAGGCGUGAGUGUGGGUUCAACUACUUCAUUUGACUAAAGUGCUUGUCUAGCACUUCUGCACACCCCCCCACCCCUCUUCCCUCUUGUUUUAUUGAACUCUUCCUGACUUUUCCCCUCCCUCUCCUCUCCUCCUCCUCUCUGCACCCUGGACACCCUUUGAAAGCCCCUCUGUCUUUAUUCUACUUUCACACCCCAAGGUUUAGCCUCCUGCAGUUUGUCCAACAGUUUUACCUGCUCUAAUAUCACAAGGCAGAGUCAAAAAAAGAAAAACAUGCUUUAACCGCUGACUGUUUAUCCUUUUUUUGUUUUUUUUUUGCUCCUACCUGUUCUUUUUCACACAAAAAAUACUCUUUGAAAUGUUGCCACCUAAUCUUUGGUACUUUCCUCAGCAUACAUUAGAUCAAGGAAACUUUAUUUACGUUUAGAUUCCUUUUUGACUACAGAGGAAUUAGCUGUAAAACUCUGGUUUCAAAUCUGGUUUCACCAAAGUGGAAACGACAAAUAAGAAACAUGGCAAUAGGAAAAACUUUACAUUAAAACUAGAUUAUUUCACAUUCUAAACAAAUAUCCUAUUGAAAAUUUGUCUUGAUUAUUUUUAUAUAGUCAAUUAUUAUCCCAUCCAGUCUCUUCAAAUUGGAACUUCCGGGGAUACUGUAUGGCCUGGGCUGCAAUUAAAAACUCAUUUUCCAAUAAAUGUCAUCAAUAACUUCAGUCUUCAUCCAAUUAACAAAAAACAUGUUGUUUUGUCAUAACUAAAUUGUCACCUUUAACAAAAAAUCUUUCAUUCUAGCCCAUAAAUUACAUUAUAAAUUGUGUUAGAAGAUUUUAUGAAACUGAGACUGCAGUGUCAAAAAUGGAUAGAAGCACGGACCAAUAUUUUUUGCUGU